UCCACUCAGGCAACUCACUAUCCAUCGCUGCAUUCCCUUAUCAAUGGCGCCUUCAGAUGUUGGAAAGCUUCAUGUGGAAGUCGAAGUGAAAUCUCCGGCGGACAAGUUCUGGGUAAGCAUCAGGGACUCGACCGAAGUCUUCCCCAAGGCUUUCCCUCAUGACUACAAGAGCAUCGAUGUCCUUGAAGGCGAUGGCAAGGCUGUUGGAUCCGUUCGCCUCAUAACAUACUCUGAAGGUUCUCCGAUUGUGAAGGUGUCGAAGGAGACGAUCGACAUGGUGGAUGAAACAAACAAGGCGGUGGCGUACCAGGUGAUCGACGGUGAUCUGCUCAAGUACUACAAGAGCUUCAAGUGCAUCCUGACUGUGAUUCCCAAGGGAGCUGAGGGAGAGGGGAGCUUGGUCAAGUGGUCGUGUGAGUAUGAGAAAGCUCACGAGCAGGUUCCUGAGCCAAGCAUCAUUAAGGACUUUGCUGUCAAGAACUUCAAAGAGCUCGAUGACUAUGUCCUCGCUCAUUGAUCACUUAGAAUUUGCUUCAACAUAUAUUACUGGUCAAAUGGCCAAAUUAAGCUUUGAAGAUUGGAGUACUUUUCCUACUUAUGAGUAGCCCUUAUAUAAAUUUGGGCAAAAUAAAUAAAGUGACGAGCUAGCUGAAGUCUUAUUAUGUAUGCCACCUUGAACUAAAUUAAAGCAUCUAAAGUAAGGGUAUCUAACAACAAAAGUCUCUCAAAUACAAAAGAAGGAAAGGAGCAU